UUGAACACACUAGUGGUUGACAGGAAGUCACUAGUUUUCAGCUGUCUCGAAACUAUCUGUGUUUUCGGUAACAUUUAUACGUGGUUAUUUUGGUUAUCUUUAUUGUUUCGUUGUAAUCUUCAACAGAACUCACAGUCUCCUUAUUUUUGUACUUUCAAGUAUCUUAACACUCCAUUUAUCGAAUUGCCUAUGUAGUCAGUUCAAUCGGUGGAAAACGGCUUCAUUUGCAUUCAUUUUGGAUUAUUGUUCGCGGCAAUCGUUUGGAAAUUCCGGAUGUGAGGAGGGCGAACGUUUGGGGUUGCUGAAGACUACAGCGGCAUCAAUCACAGAGGCAAGCCGAGUACCAGCAUUAUCACACCGGGAGAGACUCAUCCAUGGCGGCCAACGCUCCAUUAAGGAACAACAAAUUCCAACACCUACAUGCUCCUGGUAAUGGGCGGAACAAGGAACUUUCGAAGCACUAUGUGUUUGGACCAUGCGAACUGUCUAAAUUUGGUUCCAAUGAAGAGAGCCAAAGAAGACCUUUCUGCCUGAGAGCACUUCUCGCACGCCCAUCUAAAGAGUUCAGGCACCAGCUGGACGCACAGCUCACUUUCUCCCGGGAUUGUCGCCGAGAUGGGCGCCUACAUCGCCAAGAUGUUGCUGCCCACCGUGAGCAGCGUGGUGUUCCUGCCGGCCGCCAGCGUGGCUGCCAAGCGAGGUUUCCACAUGGAGGCCAUGGUCUACUUCUUCACCAUGUUCUUCAGCACGAUCUAUCACGCCUGCGACGGGCCUGGCCUGACCAUCAUCUGCUUCAUGAAGUACGACAUCCUCGAGUACUUUAGCGUGUACGGCACGGCACUAUCCAUGUGGGUCACGCUCAUCGCUUUGGGGGACUUUGACGAGCCUCAGCGUUCCAGCAUGACCAUGUUUGGAGUUCUGAGCAUCGCGGUGCGGAUCUACCAGGACCGCUGGGGGUACGGGAUCUACUCGGGCCCCAUCGGAUCGGCCGUCUUCAUCAUCACCGUCAAAUGGCUUCAGAAGAUGAAGGAGCUGCGAGCGGUGUACCCCGAAAAGCGGGUUUACACCCAGCAGGUCGGUCCUGGCUGCUGUUUCGGGGCUUUGGCCCUCAUGCUACGCUUCUACUUUGAGGAGUGGGACUACGCUUACGUGCACAGCUUCUACCACCUGUCGCUGUCCGUGUCCUUCGUCCUGCUGCUGCCGAAGAAGAACCGCUACGCCGGGUCGGGCCGCAACGCCGCCAAGCUCAGCUGCUGGACACUCUGCUGCUGCAGCUUGUCACCGGCCUCCUACAAGGAAAAGAAACAUACGCCAGAGAAGAAAGACACGCCGGAGAAACAAGACACGUUGGCGAAGGACAAGAAGAAGAAAGGCUCAGCGUGUCGCUCGCUUCUGAAGGCCUUCAAGGUGUCCGAAAAGACCCCUGUGUUGCCCGUCUUCUCUCCUGCGCCGUCCACACCCGUCAAAGGAACCAGCAUCAGCAAGCUGAAGGAGAUCAACGGAUGGAAGUGAGGCAGAAAAGUGUGGUAGGGGAAGGACCACAAAAUGCUGGCUGAGAACCCCCCCACACACACAAACACAUGAAUACACGCACAUGAAAAAUUGAACACAGUUGAACAGACACACACACAAGCAUGCAAGUGCAGGCUCACUAUUUGGCAUGGCAUGAAUUCCUUUCAUGGGCAGCUGACGUACGCACAGCGGCGUAGGCGGGAACGUCACGACCUUCUCGUUAGUGCGCCAAGGUGUUAAAAAUUCCAAAAGGUCCCUGAAGAUGCGUAUAAAAGCUGAAACGUGACAUUUAACACAGUGAUAAAACAAAAACACGCGCACACACGCCACUGCCGGGCCAGGCAGACGGUCGGCGUCUAGAAAGCAUCAAGUGUCUUGGCGAGCCGCCCGCUGCCUUUCCUCAAGAGGAAGUCCGCCCGUCGGACAGACAGACAGGCGGGCAGGCGGCCUGACGUUUGGCUGUCUGUCCGUUUCUCUCGGGAAACAUUUCACUGCAGACAAUUUAUACAUUUUGGACAUGUUUGCUCCUCUCGCUGCCUCGCCAGUCACUUUUACUGGUGUGUGUGUGUGCGUCUGCGUGCUUGACGUGUGUGUGUGGUCUGAAGUGUGUUUGCCAGUGUGUGCAAUUACGUCAGCUCUGUCAGAAGGUGUCUCCCAUCCAGACCAAAAUUUUAAAAUCCCCCAAACAAUGCUGCGGCUUGACCCUGGUCACUCCCCAAAUAUUCUCGCACGCACACACAAAAUCGAUCUCAUACAAAAUAUUUUGAUGAAUGUUCAAUUAUUAUGUUUUGAUAUUAAUAAACCUAUAUUUUUGAUUGUAUGACAA